CUCUUCCCUCCGCUCUCACGGAUCUAUCUCGGGCAAGUCAUCAGCCGUUUCGAUGGCCAUGGCGCGAUUGCUGCUGCUGGGAUGGCUGGUGCACGUGGGCCGAGCCACUGAGUACUUGAGCUGCCAAGCUUUGCGGGAAACGGCCUUGAGCCCUGCUUAUUGGAGGCCUGCGGUGAUCAUGGAUUCGCUGGACUUGAGCCUCGAGAACUUGCGCCCGGCACCGGUGGACGAAGAGGUGCAUUUGCACGGCCUUUGCGGAAAGAUUGAGUCGUCCUUCUUUGAAUGGCAGAAGCCUGGGAAUGAUGGAGGGGAAUGGCUGGCAACCACUGAGUCGGCAGAGAUCUCGAUUAACACAGGUCAUACGCAGUGCCUCUUGACGGGCUUGGCGGUGGGGACCACCGAGCCAACGAUGCGGCUCCAGUUCGAAGAGUGUGACGGGAAAGCUGCGGUAAUCGUGAUGCUCCGACCACAGAAGGGUGGAAUGAAGCUGGUCCAAUGGAUUUGUGCCGUCUCCGCGGGCACUGACCUUUGCUCCAAGGCUGCGGCAGCAGUAGGACACUCCAGCGUCUCAGUCACGUCGAUUCGAGAGACCUUGGACCUCACCGCGUUCAACGCCGCCCUGGCCGAAGGCCUGCUCCACACCAAUGCACGCUCCGCAUGCUUUGAGAACCUCCAUUGGUUCACGGCCCAGAACGGACUAGGUGCCUGCCCCUGCAACUCUGCAAGGUGUCAUCACACUGAGCAUGUCAUGCUGUUGCAAUCCGAAAGUGCCGACAAGUGGUGCUGCUUGCACGUACAGAUGCCGACGUGAGGCAACGCAUUGGAGGGCUGUUGCUCUUUGUCUGUGUAUGCCGGAAGUCCAACAGAUAUUAUUGGCGUGGUCUUGCAAUCAAUCAAGAGCAUGCCGACCGUCCCCAUGCUCCAUCGCGCGAGAUCACAAGUAAUAAGUCUUGCAGUGCUGACGCAUCAGACAGAG